AUGGCUGCUGCGGUUGUUGCUGCUGACAUUUCAACUGAUGCCAACAAAAUAGACUCAAAGCCAAAGGGUGAAUCUGAAUUCAGUGUUCAGAAGCUGGUUGACAUGUUCACAAAGCUGAAUCCUUUGGCUAAGGAGUUUUUUCCUUCAUCUUAUGGUGCUGGCAAUGAUCAGCGAGGUCAGGGGUUUAAUAUCUUCAGACCCAACAGUUUUCUGGCCAACAAUAAGGUGGCACCUAAUGAUGAUCAUCAAAACAAUCGAAGGAGAAGAAACAACUUUACUCAAGGGAGGAGAAGGUUGAAUGGCAGAUCUCUGAAGGCUCAGAGAGAAGACAGCGUUAGAAGAACAGUUUAUGUUUCUGACAUUGAUCAGCAUGUUACUGAGGAGCGGCUUGCAGCCUUAUUCACCAAUUGUGGACAGGUCAUUGAUUGCCGAAUUUGUGGUGAUCCGCAUUCAGUUCUUCGAUUUGCUUUUGUCGAGUUUGCUGAUGAGCAUGGUGCUAGGGCAGCUUUAACCCUUGGUGGUACUGUGCUUGGAUUCUAUCCAGUGAGGGUCCUUCCUUCGAAAACUGCUAUCCUUCCUGUGAAUCCUACAUUCCUCCCUAGGUCGGAUGAUGAGCGGGAAAUGUGUACCAGGACUGUCUAUUGUACAAAUAUCGACAAAAAGAUUUCUCAAUCUGAAGUGAAGAACUUUUUUGAGUCAUCCUGUGGCGAGGUCACUCGCUUGAGGCUUUUGGGGGACCAGGUGCAUUCAACUCGAAUUGCUUUUGUGGAAUUUGCGAUAGCAGAUAGUGCCAUCCUUGCACUAAACUGUAGCGGCAUGCCCUUGGGAACCCAGCCUAUAAGGGUAAGUCCUUCCAAGACUCCAGUGAGGCCAAGGGUCACUCGUCCAGUAUCGCGGUAA